AUGCUUCAACCAGCUAGAAUUAUUCUUCUGAAAGAAGGCACUGACUCAUCACAGGGGGUUCCACAGAUAAUAAGCAAUAUAACUGCAUGUGAAGCAGUUUCUGAUGCAGUCCGUUCCACACUGGGUCCUCGUGGGAUGGAUAAGCUUAUAAUAGAUGACAAAGGAAAGGCCACCAUAUCGAAUGAUGGAGCGACAAUCUUGAAGCUUCUAGAUAUCGUUCAUCCUGCCGCACGUACGUUAGUCGAUAUUGCGCGUGCCCAAGAUGCCGAAGUUGGAGAUGGAACAACAAGCGUUACACUUUUGGCUACUGAGUUUCUGAAGCAAGCUAAGCCAUUUCUUGAAGAAGGAGUUCAUCCAUCUGUUAUUGUUCGGGCAUUUCACCUUGGUGAGAAGAUGGCAUUAAAGCGAUUAGAAGCUAUAGCUUGUCGAAUUAAACAAGAGAAUCCUAGCGAACAACGUGCUCUAUUGGAAAAGUGUGCAUCAACUGCUUUAAGCUCUAAGUUAGUAGCUGGAUAUAAACGGUUUUUCUCCAAAUUGGUCGUUGAUGCUGUCAGCUUGCUGGAUUCAUACUUACCGUUGAAGAUGAUUGGAAUCAAAAAGGUUUCUGGUGGAGCAUUAGAAGAUUCACUUCUAAUUGCAGGUGUAGCAUUUAAAAAAACCUUCAGUUAUGCUGGUUUUGAAAUGCAACCCAAAUCUUACAAGUCACCGAAAAUUGCACUUUUAAAUAUUGAAUUAGAAUUAAAAGCUGAGAAAGAGAAUGCCGAAAUUCGUGUCACUUCGGUGGAGGAAUACCAGAAGGUAGUUGAUGCUGAGUGGCAAAUCCUUUAUGAAAAGCUAGAUAUUUUAUAUAAAAAAGGGGUUCAAAUUGUUUUAUCCAAGCUACCCAUUGGAGAUGUCGCUACUCAGUUUUUUGCUGAUCGUGAUAUGUUUUGUGCCGGUCGUGUACCUGAAGAUGAUCUAAAACGUACUCAAAUGGCUUGUGGUGGAAGCGUUCAAACAACUGUUCAUGGACUUUCAGAUAAUGCUCUCGGAACUUGUGAAUCCUUUGGGGAAAUUCAGAUUGGAUCAGAAAGAUUUAAUAUAUUUGAAGGCUGUCCGCAAGCCAAAACUUGCACAAUUAUUCUUCGUGGUGGAGCUGAACAAUUUAUGGAAGAAACUGAAAGGUCACUGCAUGAUGCUAUCAUGGUAGUUCGAAGAGCUGUUAAAAAUGAUGCAUUUGUUGCUGGUGGUGGAGCCGCCGAAAUGGAACUCAGUGGCUAUCUUCGCAAAGAAGCUCUUCAAAUUGGUGGGCGUGAACAACUGUUGAUAAGCGCUAUGGCUAGAGCUUUUGAAGUUAUCCCUAGACAAUUGUGCGAUAAUGCUGGAUUGGACUCAACUAUUAUUCUAAACCAACUGCGUCACAGUCAUGCAAAAGGCGAUAUUUGGUAUGGCGUUAACAUUGAAAAAGAGUGCGUAUGUGACAAUUUCGAAAGUGGCGUCUGGGAACCAGCACUUGUGAAAAGCAAUUCCAUAAUAUCGGCCACCGAAGCGGCUUGUCUUCUGUUAAGUGUAGACGAAACGAUCAAAAAUCCGGAAUCAAAGGGUGCUGAAGAUAAUACGCCUUUGUACCAAUUGGUCCAGUAUCAGAUUAUGUCAUCAUCAAAGUUUUCUAAUCGACUUCUUGACGAUUUACCAACGCAUCGAUUUUCUACAAAUGAUUUGAAUGUGUAUUUACAAGACAUCAUCGAUCAACUUUUAUAUAAAAGAGAAUCUAGAGAUCCAGUAAAUGUUAGACUAUUUCUAUCAAAAUAUUUUGAACAUGUUAUAAAUGGGACACAUACUAUUCAUAGAGAAUUUAAAUAUAUAUCAGCUAUUCCAUAUAAUCGUAUAACAUUUUUAAUCAAUUUAUGGAAUGCUUUCAUACCACUAAAAGAUAAAGAUUUUACCAUUGAAGAAUUUUACACAACUAUUCAAUUAUUUUGUUUCGAUUUUCCUAGUGGAAUACUCUCACAUUGUCAGAAAACUUUGAAUAUAUUACAUAACUCCAUAAUAGUUUACCCUCAUAAAGAUUUAUUUUGUGUAUUUCAAUUUCAUUUCUACUUCCAAGUUAUGUUUGAUCAAUUUGUAAAUGCUUUAAUUAAUGAACUUCCUAAAAAUGAUAUAUUUCACGAAAAAAAGUCAAUUGUGUUAACUAAUAAGCAAAAGGAUCAAUCUGAAUUGGUUGAUGAAUCAGACAUUUUCAGUGGAGAUGGUAAAUGUUCAUAUAAAUCAGUGGCAUCUGAAUGUUGUUUUAAGAUGAACAUGUUGAUUAACUUACCAAAUAAAUGUGUGAAUUCGAUGGAAUUUCUUAAUUUCACUCGUGGAUUGUAUACUGAAUCAACUUUCUUAUUACCGCCAAAAUUAGUGAUGUACAAAUGUGCUAAACCAUAUCUAUUUCAUUCAGAAUUUAAUCUCUAUGGUUUAUUCGCAUCCUUGGCAACAGAUCACUUAUUAAUAAAAGAAAUGGGGUUUCCUCAAGUCCAUGGUUCAUAA